GCUCUCUCCCUGCUGUCACGGUGACCCUAACUCGCCCUCUACCCUGCUAGCCUGCCUUACCAGCCUCACUUUGACAGCGCGACGAUGUCCGAACCCGAACGAAAGUGGUGGAAGGAGGCCGUCGUCUACCAGAUCUACCCCAUCUCGUUCUUCGACUCGAAUGGCGACGGCAUUGGCGAUCUGAACGGGAUCGCAAGCAAGCUCGACUACCUGAAGGACCUGGGCGUCGACGUGCUGUGGUUAUCGCCCAUUUACAAGUCGCCGCUCGCGGAUUAUGGGUAUGAUAUUUCAGACUACAGGAGCAUCGACCCGCGCUACGGGACACUAGAAGACUGGGACAGCCUGCUGAAAGGCGUGCACGAUCGCGGGAUGAAGCUCAUGAUGGACCUAGUCGUUAAUCAUACUUCGGACGAGCACGAAUGGUUCCAGCAGUCUAUCUCCGGUAAAGACAAUCCCAAGCGCGACUGGUACAUCUGGCGCCCGCCCAAGGUCGGCGAGGAUGGCUCGCGCCAGCCGCCGAACAACUGGCGCUCCGUCUUCCAGGGCUCGGCGUGGGAGUACGACGAGAAGUCCAACGAAUACUACUUGCACCUCUAUGUCACAAAGCAGCCCGACCUCAACUGGGACAAUCCAGAGGUGCGCGAAGCGGUGUGGGACGUGAUGCGAUUUUGGAUCGACCGCGGGUGCGAUGGGUUUAGGAUGGACGUGAUCAAUCUUGUAUCGAAAGUACCCGGGUUGCCAGAUGCUUCGAUUACGGAGCCAGGCGAAAGGUACCAGCCUGCGGCUGAGUUCUACGCGAACGGGCCAAAAGUGCACGAGUACAUCCAGCAGAUGCAUCGGGAGGUCCUCUCUAAGCACGACCUCAUCACCGUUGGCGAAGCGCCAUUCUCCUAUGACGAGAGUGCGCUUGGCAAGUAUGUCCUGCCUGCGAACAAGGAGCUGCAGAUGAUCUUCCAGUUCGAGCUCGUCGACGUCGACUCGCCCAAGGGACCCGAUCGUUCCUCCCUCAUGCCGCGCCCGUGGAAGCUCACCGAGCUCAAGGGCAUCAUCAACAAGUGGCAGACGUACAAGCGGCAUGAGGGAUUUUGGAAUGCCGUGUACAUCGAGAACCACGACCAGGCGCGCUCGGUGAGCCGCUUCGGGAACGACACGACCGACGAGAAGCGCACUCUAUCUGCGAAGAUGCUCGCGGUCAUGCAAGCGACGCAGUCCGGGACGCUGUACGUGUACCAGGGCGAGGAGCUCGGGCUGCACAACUUCCCGCGCAGCUGGGGGCUGGAGGAGUACAAGGACGUCGCGACGCAGAAUUUCUACAAUCGGGUACUCGAGAACCGGCGCCGCGAGCAGGGUCGCGAGGACGUCGACAUGUCGGAUGUCCUGGACGGGCUGCAGAAGAAGGCGCGCGACCAUGCGCGGACGCCGGUGCAGUGGAACUCCUCCCCUCACGGCGGCUUCACCACUGGCAAGCCGUGGAUGAGGGUCAACGACGACUAUCCCAGCUGGAACGCCGAGAAGCAGAUCUCGGACCCCGGCAGUGUGCGCUCGUUCUGGAAAAAGCUGCUCGAGCUGCGAAAGGAGAAGGCGGUUCUGAUCUACGGCGACUUCAAGCUGCUGCUCGCUGACAGCGAGGACGUGUUUGCGUACCAGAGGUCCCUGGGUAAUUCAAGGGCGUUCGUGUACCUCAACUUCCGCGACAAGGACGUGCAGACGUCGCUCCCAAGUGAUGUCGGGUCGCACUUUGAGUAUGGGCUGGGCAACUACGCGGAUGGCAAUCAGUCACUGGACAGGUUCGUCCUGAGGCCGUACGAAGCACGCGUCUACUUCUCCGCCGACACUUGACUGAAGGUCAAAUGCCCUCGACAAAAAUAAUGUAUCACUGACCUCUGAGCAUCACUCAACCAUGUACUUACUACGCCCGCACAAAUACAGACUCGACCAUGACGCCCCCUCUGAAUUAUACAGUGCC